AUGGAUUUGCUGGGGGACAGAGUUCGUUGCCCAACGAAUUCCGGUAAUGCUCACACUUUGGAAGACAGAUGGACGUACAUAGAGGAUCACUAUGGGGAUCGAGUCGGAAUCGCUGCUGCAGUGAUGGCGUUCUGGUUGAAUAUCUACUAUAUCGUCGUGCUCAGUUGGGCACUUUGCUAUCUCUGGAACUCGAUCCGCCUCGAUGUGAACGUGCCGUGGAGGAGUUGCAACAACGAAUGGAAUACACCGAGAUGUCGUUCCGAAUACGAAAAACUGCCGUGUGACAGUAAUCGAACGAUAGCUGAAUUUUUCAACGUCAAGGUUGGUUUGUCAGAACUGCGCUGA